CAACUUACUUGAGAACGACCAAGCUUUCGUUAUUGUUCUAGUUGCUGUUGCUGUUGUUGUGAUACGGUUGCUGUUGUAAUCCUGCUCGGUGCCUCUGGUUGCGUUGGCUGUUUACGUACCCCUCGGAAACGUGUCAUUAUGGAUCGUUGGAUUCCCCUCCCAAGCAAGACGAGUUCGCGUCGGACUCCUGCCACUAGUUCGAACCAAACGUCGUCGACUGCGACACGGAAUCCAUCCCAGACAGCAGCGACGGUGCCUCGCAGUCACCGUCCAUCCAAGUCUUCCCAGACUCGUCGAUCAAGCCGUGCCUCCACCAGUCCCGUCGUUCCGACAGGUCACUCGUCCCGCCACCACGAACCCACCUUUGCAUCGGACACUUCCUGGUGGGACGACGCGACGUCCCCGACCCUCGCUUCUGCGUGGGAUCCGUCCCAGUUCGUCUCCCCAAAACAUUCCGUGCACCAAUCCACCAACCAGGCCACGGACUCGAACACCACCACACGACGCCGCACGUACGAAGAUGCUCCCGCAUCCACCGGACGCCGUGGCGUAACCGAACGGCGGUCGAACACGCCCGUGGCCUCGUCGCCACUCCAGUCCUACUGGAGUGACGAUGAUGAGGACGACGACCAUGACGGCCGGAUGGAUCUGCACAAUAACCCGUUCCCGUCCGAUGCGGUUCCUAGGAGUUUGGGACCCGUCGAUCUCGAUGCCAUGGAAGACGAACUCGAUAACGCAUUCGUUCCACAAUCGGAAGACACGUCACCGGAAACCAGACACCAGCACCAUCCAAACGAAGUGUACGAUAACCACGGUCGCUACCAUGACAACCGUCGUGAUACGGAUGAAGACUUUGUCGACCGUCACUACCAACCCGUCACGGAAAAGGGGUACAACAACCAUCACUACCAAACCAAGGAGGGCUUUGUCGACCAACAGUACAAAAUGGAAAAGCAGUACACCGACCGUCAUUACGAAACGGAAGAGCAGUAUAACGACCGUCAUUACGAAUCAGAAAAGCAGUACAACAACCGUCACUACCAAACGGAAGAGCAGAUUGACAACAAGCGAUACGCCCACAACGGCUUUGAGGCAGAGACACCGGAACACCAAAAUUUCGAUCACUACUACCAACAAGAGAAGGAACUGCAGGAACAGCUGGAACAUCAGGACUGGCAUCACGAAGCACACGCCGAGCCGGAACCGUUCGUUGUGACCGACACGACGCCCGCGCCCUUGUUGGACACCACCACGACUUCCAACCUGGUCUUUCAAGACGACGAGGACGACGACGACCCCUACCAUCCCUACAACCGCGCACCGUCGCGGACGCCCGUGGAGGUCGUCUCCCAGACGCGUGAGGCCUCCUCCAGCCGGCACCGACCAAACACCUCGCCCGAAACGAACCAAUCCCAUCCGCCGCGCUCCCAAUCCUACUCUGUCCCGGAUUAUUCCGAUAGCGAAGAAUCGUACCAGGAUCGCAAAUUCAUUUCCAACGACGAACACUCUCAGGAAAGUUUCGACAAUCGCUCCUAUACGAACGAACCGCCGGUGGGCAUUCAACCAAGCCCGUGGGCGUCUGGAUCGUCGCCUGGCUACCACGAGGAAUCCGAGUACGAGUCCGAGAAGGAAACCGAGUACGAGAUUGCGGAACGGAUCGCUCAGGAUGCCAUGGAAACCCGGGUCGACGAGCUCGAGUCGGAAAAGUAUCCUGAGCGUCCAACGGUGGAACGGGUACUCGACUGGGAAGCGGUGCUUCAGAAACCCAAGAGUACCGGGCAGACCGGAGCCACCGCUCCGUACGGAGCGUCCUCAUCGCAACGGGAACGCCGCCAGCAGCAGCAGGAUAAAGAGAAGGAAGCCCAAGUCGAGGCGGAAAAGUACAGUCACCGCAAUGUUCAGGAAGAAAAGAAGGAAGACGAUCAUGCCUUGCGGGCCAAGAAAUCCGCCGACACGCCGGACGAAAUAACACUGGAACUCGAACGGGAUGCCGCCGUGGCCCGGGCCAGUCACUUGGCCACCGACUUGGCGGCGAGUCACGCCAAGAUUGACGAACUCCAAGAUCACGUCAUUUACUUACAGGAACAGCUACUCGCGUAUCAAGAUCGAGACCAAGAACAAAUGAAUGUCUCGCAACACCGCUCAUCCUUGAAUCAGACUCUGUUGCUGAAUCAAGGUCUGUCUUCGAUCGGUAAUAUGUUCACUCGCCCCGGGAAUGGCUCGAAGGAGGACGCACGGUCCGCAUUGCUCCGUUCCUGGCAUUCGUCCGUCCCGAAAACGAACCUGACGACCGCCCGCACCGCCACGAUCACCCCGACCAAAGCCGACGUACCCCAGUCGACCAUCGACAAUGCGUUUCCGCACGACCCCUUUGCAGAGACGGUGAAUCCGAAACGUUCGCCCGUGACGCCGUACCGCAAAUUGAACGAUUCCAAAACGUCACAAAUGUCUUUUUGA